AGAUGACACCACUUCCAUUAAUCACGAAAAACACCCCUUAUUAUUUUCCUCUCUUUUAUUUUUCUCUAUAAAUAACAACUUUUACUCACUAAUCACCUCUCAACCAACUCUCAUUUUUUUUUCUCUCUCUAAAACAUAAAAAUGAGGGCAAGGGUUACAAUAGUACAUCUAGGAGGUUCAUUUGGACCACAACAACACACACCACCACUACAACACCACCACCAUGUAACACCGCCCGCGGCCGGGUGGAAGUCCCCGGUGCCAUACCUAUUCGGAGGCCUAGCCGCCAUGCUCGGGUUAAUCGCCUUUGCAUUGCUUAUCCUCGCUUGUUCGUAUUGGAAACUCUCCGGCUACCUUGACGCCGGCGAGGAUUCCGGCGAGUUCGCCGGAGACGAGAAACUCAAGGAAAAUAAUGUUACCAUGACGGCGAUUCCGAGUAGUGUAUUGGUGAUCAUGGCGGGGGAGGCGAAACCUACGUUCUUGGCCAUGCCGGCGAGUAGUAAGGCUUCUUCGUUAGCGAGUUGUAGUAGCGGAGGAACAAAUGGUAGUGGUAGCGAAAGCGAUGGCGGUGGCGGGGAAGAGAAAGUGGGCGGUGAAGAAGAGAAAAGUAGAGAAAGGACAACCUGAGUAUGUUGGUGGAAGGUAUAGUGAAGGGUGUAUGUUGUGGUGGGUCAAUAUUUGUCAAUUAUUGUUAUUGCUCAGGUAUGUCAUGGGAUAUAUUAAGGUUGGACCCCAUGCAUAAAUUAAAUUACCCCCCAAAAAAAAAAAAACUUUUUGGAGGAGAAAAAAAAAAGAGAGAAAAUCAAGAAAAAGAAAUUAUAUGGUGGUAUUAGUAAAGGCAAUUAGGUUUGGAAUGAGAGGAUUAGGUACAUAAGUACAAAGGUUUAUAGGUAGGUAACUCUUUUUUUUUUUUUUUUGGUUAUUUUUUCGACUGGAAUUAAGAGUUAUGUAACAGGUUAAUCAGAUGGAGGGAGUUUUUUCUUUUCGUUUUAGUUGCUGAUGAUAGAGAUAGAUAGCGAUUAGAUUUGAUCAUUUAUUAAAGUAUUUUAGGAACAUAGGUAACUUUUUCGGUUUUGUGUUGUUAAAGUGGUUGCAAAUUGCUAAUUGCUAUAUAGAGGUUGAAGUGAAAAAGAGAGAUUUCAUGAAAUUGUGCAAAAGUUAAGCAUGCUUUGUUCGUUUUUC